AUAAAUAAAUCAUGAUUUCGUAAAAACACAAUUUCUACAACUUAGCAGUGUAAAUUUGAGUGAAUUUAAUAUGUUUUGAUGGGAAAGUUAUUAUUAGAAAAAGCUAAGUAAGUCAGAGAGGUAGAUCAGAUCAUCAAAGGAGUGAGAACAGCUAUUAUACCUCCCUCUCUCUCUCCCUCCCUCUCUCCCUCAUGAAGUUAUUUUGCAAUUCAUUCAUUUUGUAUAUAUAGUGAGUCACAUGUUCAUGGUUAUUAUCCAGUUCAUGAGGAGUAGUGGUACUGAGCAGAAGUAAUGGUAGUUUGUUUUUUCUAGAGAAGGAAAGUUGAAGAUAUCCUUAUAUAAUCAGUUUAAAAGAUAGAUCAUACAAAAAUAGAGGAGCAAAGAAAAGAAAGCAAGCAAGCCAUGGGAAGACCUCCUUGUUGUGAUAAAGUUGGUAUCAAGAAAGGACCUUGGACUCCUGAAGAAGACCUAAUUUUAGCAUCCUACAUCAAAGACCAUGGACCAGGGAAUUGGAGAUCAGUUCCAACUAAUACUGGUUUGCUAAGGUGCAGCAAAAGUUGCAGGUUGAGAUGGACUAAUUACUUAAGACCAGGAAUCAAGAGAGGAAAUUUCACUGAACUAGAAGAAAAGAUGAUAAUAAGUCUUCAAAGUUUAUUGGGCAACAAAUGGGCAGCAAUAGCUUCAUAUCUUCCACAAAGAACAGAUAAUGAUAUAAAGAACUAUUGGAAUACACACUUAAAGAAGAAACUGAAGAAGUUUCACUCCAUUUUACACCCUCAUCAUUUGGGAUCAUCAUCGUCAUCGGAUUCAUCAACCAGCUUUCAGUUUUUAAGCAAAGAUUAUAGUAGUAGUUAUGAUAGAAUAAGAAACUUAGAACAUCAUCAUUUGAUCCAUCAAAAUUCAGCCCUAAAUAAGUUCAUUAGUAGUCAUAGAAGUAGUGUAGGUAGUAGUAAUACUAGUAGUACUACCUCAACUAUUUCUUAUGCUUCAAGCACAGAAAACAUUUCAAGACUCUUGGAAGGUUGGAUGAAGACUUCUCCUAAUAAGUUGAAUACUAGUAAUAGUACUACACUCAAAUUAAAGGCUACCCAAACAGAAGAGAAAGUACUACUCGAUGGCAACAAUAACUCCAAGAACAACAACCACAACACUAGCCAUAGUGGUAACAAUAACCUUGAUGAUGACAAGCAACUUGUUAAGAAAGUUGAAGUACAAGAAUCCUGCAAUGACGAUGAUGAUCUUAUCUCAAAUGAGGCAGAUUACUUUGAAUCUCUUUUAACAUUUGAAAACAUAAGUAAUAUGGCUUGUUGGGAGCAGAAAUCUUCUUCAGAUUCGACUACAAUUCAUGGGUCGACGACAUCAGCAUCCCCAGAACCUCAAACAACUACCACUACUACUCCAAUCGAAGAUAGGGUUGAUUCGAUCUCGGAGAGUGAUCACCAAGGGUUGAUUGAAGAUGAUCAAAACCAACCACCAUUUUCUUUAUUAGAGAAGUGGCUCCUGGAUGAAGCAACUGGACAAGUUCUUGAGGAAGAUCCUAUGGAGACCUCUCCAAUAUUUUGAUCAUAUUUACCAUGGUAAUGCUCUUCUUCUCCCUCUUCAUAUGUGCACAAGUUAUGCGCAUGAAGAACGUUGGAAAUAAUUAUGUUGUGGCUCGAUGAUCUACUUAAGGCAAAACACUGUUUUCAGUUGUGAAUUUGUGUUUAAUAACAUAGUAAUCUCUUUCACAAAGUGAAUAUUGGAAGAAUUAAGGUUUAUUAUAUUAUGUAUUAUUCUCUAAUAAUAAAAAUAAAUAAGCAUGUAGUUUAGCUAGCUAGAU